CUGAGCGAUCAAUCGCCGCCCAGGAUUUCCAAACCUGCCUUUUAACCCGCUGAGCCGGGCUCCAAAGCAGAGCUUCCUGCCACCAUGAAAACAAUCAUUGCAGCCUGUUCCCAAAAUCUGAGUGGCAGCCGUGCCAGCCUCCAUGCCGCCCUGCGCACACUGCUGGCCGUGCCAUGGCCCUCACAGAGGGAUGUCCGUGCCUGGCUGCAGCUCCUUGCAGUGCUCCAGUGGGUGCUCAGCUUCCUGCUGCUGGGCCCCGUCACCCUGGUGCUGCUCCUCUACCUGGUGUUCACCCGCUUCUGGCCCAUCUCUGCUCUCUACCUGGCCUGGGUCAUCUUUGACUGGGACACACCAGAGAAAGGCGGCAGGAGGCUGCCAUGCUUGAGGAGGUGGUCUGUGUGGAGGCAUUUUCGGGAUUAUUUUCCUGUGAAGGUGUCCCCAAGUCCUUGCCUGCAGCACACAGUGCUACCACAGAGCCCUGUCAGUCCCCUCUGUGCCCACAGCCCUCUGUCCCUGCAGUUGGUGAAGACACACGACCUGUCCCCCGGCCACAACUACAUCAUUGGUUCCCACCCCCAUGGCAUCCUCUGCGUCGGCGCCUUCUGCAACUUCAUCACCGGCUCCACUGGCUUCUCUGAGCUGUUCCCAGGCAUCCGGCCCUUCCUCACCACACUGGCUGGCAACUUCCGCCUGCCCCUCUUCAGAGAGUACCUCAUGAGUGGGGGCCUGUGCCCAGUGACACGCCGUGCCAUCGGCCACCUGCUCUCCAACAACGGCACCGGCAACGCCGUGGCCAUCGUCAUUGGAGGAGCAGCUGAGUCCCUCUCCUGCAGCCCCGGCGUCACCACGCUCAUCCUGAAGAACCGUAAAGGCUUCGUCCGCAUGGCCCUGCAGCACGGUGCCUUCCUCGUGCCCUCCUUCUCCUUCGGAGAGAACGAGCUGUUCCGCCAGGUGGUGUUUGAGGAGGGCAGCUGGAUGCGGGCCGUGCAGCAGCGCUUCCAGAAGAUGAUGGGUUUUGCUCCCUGCGUUUUCUAUGGCCGUGGCCUCACCUCCGUGCGCUCGCGGGGCUUCCUGCCCUACGCCCGGCCCAUCACCACCGUGGUGGGGGAGCCGGUGACGGUGCCCAAGAUCGAGGAGCCGAGCAGCGAGGUGGUGGAUCUGUACCACGGCAUGUACGUGCGCUCCCUGCUCAAGCUCUUCAAUGACAACAAGACCAAGUAUGGGCUGUCAGAAGGGGAUGAGCUGCGCAUCGUGUGAGUGCUGUGGGCAUGGGGACGCGUGGCUGACGAGGCCCUGCCGCUCCCCCUCCUCCUCUUCCUCUCCUGGCACCCAAAGGCUGGUGGAGGCCCCAGAGGUGCCACCUCCAGGAUUGCAGUGAUGGGCACGGCCCCAUACAGUCACCAUGAGCAGAGGGAGGGCGUAGGGUGUCGUGAGGAAGAGGAGGGAGGUCGUAGAUUUGCAUCCCCAAGGCCGGGCAGGGGAGGUGUUCCCCCCUUGGAGCAAGGGAAGGGACGCUCAGACACAGGAACCGGUGACAGUGGCCUCGACGUGGUUGUUGGGUGAUAUCUGUCAUACAAAUUUCCAUCCCCUCA